AAUUUUAGUGUAUUGAGCAACAUACACAACAGGUAAGAAGCGAGCAACCGGAGAAACUGGUUUCAGAAAUCGUCGACAGUGCAGUACAAACAUUGUCAUGUUGUGGUAGCUGUGCACAGCACUUUUUUUUUUACAACAAUCAAGAACACCGUGGUGGCUGUGAACGCAGCUUGGAUUACGCUGACUGUGUCGCGGGAAAUGACCGAAACCUCAGCGUUUUAAAUUCUCUUACAAGCACACUGUCUAAAAAUCCCCAAAAUUAAACUCCUCAGAGCGGCGCAGACAACAGGUUACUUUCUGCAAUGGAAACAUUUGUGAAUAAACGAUCUUGCACUGAUGAUGCCCCAACAAGAAGUCCAAGAAAGAAGAUUAAACUGAAGAGAGAUGAGAGGAUGAAGCAGGAGGAGGAUGCUGAGGAAGAUGAGGAUGCAGUUUCAGCAGAGUUCUCUAAUCCUGUUCCCUGGCAAAAAAUAGAGGCAGAGGGGCUGGACUGUGACUACGCUUUGCUCUUCUCCAAGAAGGAAGCAGACUGCCUUUUUAAACUGCUGGAAGAGGAAGUGGUGUACGCAACAGGAGAAGAAGCGAAGGUCCAGGUGUUUGGAAAGGUGUACAAUAUACCGAGGAAGCAGGCAUCAUAUGGAGAUGAAGGUCUAAACUACACUUAUUCUGGGGUGACACGUUUAGCCUGCCCGUGGACUCCAACCUUGGAAUACAUUCGGGAUGCUGUCAUAAAAACAACAGGACAGACAUUCAACUUUGUCUUGAUCAACAGGUACAAAGAUGGGCAGGAUCACAUGGGUGAGCAUCGUGAUGACGAGAAGGAGCUGGACCCCCUCUGUCCCAUCGCCUCCGUUUCUCUCGGGGCGGCACGAGACUUCAUCUUCCGGCACAGGGAUGCUCGGGGGAAACAGAACCACCGACAGAUUGAACCUGUGAAGCUGGAGCUCGCUGCUGGAAGCCUGCUCCUCAUGAACCCACCGACCAACACUUUCUGGUAUCACAGCCUUCCUGUUCGCAAGAAGGUCCUCCUGCCUCGCAUCAACCUCACCUUCAGACACAUCCUACUGAAGAGCAAGAAAUGAGCUAGCAUAGCCAGGUGGAGAUUAUAAACCUGGCCAAUGGAGCCAAGAAACUUUUGACCGUGUUGACCCCAAUUUAAGCUGAAUGGAAGACUUUACUGGUCAAAGGUCUCUGGUCAGAUGGACAAAUAUCACAAAUAUAAAAUGUUUGUUAAUGUAGAAAACCCAGACUGAGUGACUAAAUGACAGCACAAGGUGAAAUAAGUAAGGACUGUAAACUGGGACUCUGGAGAAAAAGCACAUUUUACAGUGAAUCAGUGGUUUAAAAUGCCCAAAAAGUUCUGACUAACUCAAGGUUAAAGGUCCACUUCAAGUAAACUUUCAUCAGAUAAAGUUUUGUGUUGCAGUUUGUGUGAAUUCUGAAGAAAGAAUAAAAUAAAAUGAAUUUAA